AUGUCGAAGCGCAGGUGGAAGAAGCGAGGGGCUUGUGCAACGAUAUCAUUCGCUUUAGUGUGCCUCAUUUGCUUGGAUGGAGUGAGAGCCCAGUCGAGUUCACCAUCCCUGUCCAGUCCAGUUUUCAACACAUUGACGAAGGAGGCAGCAACGAAUGCACCAGAAAAUGUCGUGGAUGAGAUCGUUGAGGAUGAUCCCCUGGGGCAUGCGGAAGUAACAAGAAAAGAGCUCAAUGAAGUUCUCAGAAAGGCGCGCACUCUUGUGAAGAAAUCGAAAAUCGUCACGGGCGAGUCUGCAGAAGAAGCCAGGCAGAUAGCUUCUCAGCAGGCUGAUGCAGGAGCCUUGAUUGCAGCGAAUGAGGCGGCAGUUGCAGAUGCAUAUGACGUGGCAUCGGUAACUGCUCCAAGGCCAUUUGCACGGAAAAUACCGGAUGAUGGAAGGGUCAGGUUUGUAAAUGCAGGGAAGGGAGGUGCGACAGUCAAGGGUUCAGCAUUGACUUCAGAAGAUGCAAGAUUCCAGUUGUUAUCUGCGUCGUCCACAAGGGAUAAGACCAACCAAGAAUGGGCAGGAGUUUUGAAUGGUGCUGUUCAAGAGCAAACUACUCAACAGCUCGAGCACAAUUUACAGCAUGAAUUCCUCUCUGAGAAUUCUGCUGACGGGAAGAAAGGUACUGGAUUUACUGGUGUAUCCGAUGGCCCUGUUUGGCAUGCAGAUUGGACUGCGUCUGCAACAAAGAAUAUUAAAUCAACCAAGCCCAAGAGUGAAUGUGUUGACGUCAGCUGCUUUGAUCUGAAAACACAGGAUGUCGCGAGUGUUGCAAGGAAAGAGUCGAAUAUCCCACCUGGCAUUGGAAUGCGAGGAAUUCCAUCAGGGGCUGCAGCGUCCUCAAAGGAAUCGAACCCUUCUGAUGGAAAUGCGAAAUCUGCAGUGAAUGGUUGCAUGCCAGAGCAAAUCACAUUGUGUAAGGCUGGCUGUGUUUCUCGGGGAAAUCUGGAGAUGGGAAGCGAUCAGUCAGCUGAUCGGACAUGUGUGUCAAAAUGUCUUGGACCCUGCUCGACUGCCUUGGGCUUUGACGCUCCGAAUGCGCAGACGAUAGCUCAGCAAAUCAAGAAGGAAGAAAAUUUGCUCAAUGAAUUCACCAAGGACCUCGUUUCUGCAUCAAAGAGCACUUCGCAUGCGGCUGUUAACAAAGAUGAAAAGCAAAAUCCUUUAGCCGAUGACAUUGUGAAGCAAUCUAUCAAGAAUUUGCAGAUGCGGGCAGGAAGCCAAAGUUCUUCCACAUCUGGUGCCAAUGGGAUUUGGCAUGGGGAUACCAGCAGCAGGGAUGGUUCAACAAACGCAGUUGGUGACGGAGUCAAACCGUUCCCUGCCAUGGCUUCAAAGAGUGGAGAACAGACUGGCGUCUAUGACUGUAGAGGGCAGGCGAUUGUUGUUGGAAGUGUAUUAGGCAAGAUUGUGCCAGGGCAGCCUUGUGAGGACAGAUUUUUGAUUGCGACAGCUGGCAUGUGGGUUGUGAAAGGAUUCGGACAACCCUCAGCCGACAAAUUAAUCCAGUCGAGUCAAAACGACGGCCAGAGCAGGGUUGAGAUUAACCUAAAAGGAGUAUCUGCGGACUCGAACGGAGGAAUCAAAGUGCAAAUUUUCCCGAGGAUUGGAGUUUUCGCCAGCUGGAAGAUUAUUCAAGGAUCUGCAGGUGAUAUUUAUCUUCCAGCAAACCUCGCAGCACUCGUAGCCGCUGGGAAGACCAAUGUGGCUGGCGUACACGAUCAAAGUCAAUUCUCAGAGAAGUUGAAAAAGAUGAAAAGACCCAGCUCAGAUGGAACGAAGCAAGCAAGUGGGUCGACCAAAACAGAAUCCAUGAUCGUGGAUCGUCAGAAAGCAGACUGGAGCAAGACUGGGGUGUUCGAAAGUGAAGAUACAAAGUUGAACAUGUGUCCUGGACCUUCAUGUCCGACAGAUGGAAGGGUCAGUCGAGUUCAUUUGAUGAAAAUGAGCAGCCCAUUUUGGAAGUAUGUAAUUGCGUCUGCUCUUGUGGGGUUCAUCCUUUCAGCUAGGUACAUUUGGAAGCACAGAGAAGCGAUUGCAGAAAGCUCAAAGCCGAAUGAGUAUGUCGAACUUCCUGACAUUUGGGGCCGUUUUUCUACAACUGAAGCAGAGGACGUGAACAAACGUGGUGGAGCAAGGCCCUGUCCUGGUAUGACUGCGAACGAAAGAGUAAUUAUGGUCGAGAAUGCUUCUGACAGGAUCAUCAUGGUGGAUAUUGGCGAGACUAGUUCCAACCAGCCGGAGGAUGCGAAGAGCAGUACAAAAGAGCGAGGAUAUCAGUUCUCUUGUCCGGGACUGCACCUCCUAAACGCUGGAAGCGGCGGAGGAGGCGAGCAGGAGCAAGAGGGACUCAGAGGAGAGGGAGAGGGACAAGAGUUGGAAGGAUGGGCAGCAGCGGAAGCACUCUUCUGCCGCAAGCGCAAAGAAAGGUAGCUGAAAGGAUUUCAGCGUCUAAGGAAGCUCAGAAAAUAGUCGAACAAGCACGUCAGGAAUUCAAGAAGGAAAUAUCCAAGGACAAGGACUUUGGCAACGAAUUUGACCAUCACCAGAUAGAGAAGAUUCUAUCAGCAGGUACCGUUUCAAGCGGCAAUAAGAAAACUACUGGGGAACUGACCGCAAAACUCCGACCUGCUUUAGCAAGGGUGGAAGACAAUGAGGAGGGUAUUUCGGAACAAGACUUGAAGUUCAUUUUUCUGUCAGCGAAGGCUAGCCCUGGAUCCUACGUUUCUGAAACUUCGAAAAAGUUCUCCUUAAAGGAAGAGGAUAUUAGAUUGUUGGGCAAGUACCUGGCCAUAAAUGAUUUCCAACCCGAUCCAAACUCGAAGGACAUCCCUGUGGCCUCACGAAAUUUUAUGCAGUGAAAAGCUCAGUUGUCUUUGUCAAGGAAACAGCUGAUGUUCAAACGAUCUCCCUGAAAGUUCGUCCUCAUGGUCAAUAAAGAAUGGCACUUUACAGU